UAGAUUUGCAGUCAAGGAUGAGCGCCAAGAAAGGAGGGCCCCAAAGCAAGGAAAAAAGAGAGGUCGCUCGCGCCGUGAGGACAAUUUAGGAGACACACAAGAAGGGUAAGGUAGAUGAUACUUCACAAGUAAGUCCUCUGUUAGAGAGACACACUGUAACACACAAAACGACAGACACUCUGUCCAUGUGUCUAGGAAGGAAACCAUUGGCGUGCUCAAUCCGAUGCUUCAGGGCGAGAAUGGCAAGCCAUGAAACUGGACUAUGUGCCAUGACGACCAGUGGGUGAAUGGUGAACCAACGGAUGAGCGACUAAUCUGUUGUGUACAUGUGUUCAUGUCAAUGGUGUGCAGUGUCAGAUUUCUGUCCAGAAUGCGGCAUUUCCUCUACGACAUAAAGUGUCGAGUGAAAGGAACAGGCGAGAGGGAGCACUUUGACAACUGGCAAGAGACGAGGUGAAGAGGUACCUGUCACCGUGUGGUCACCGCCAUGCCUUGCAUGCCCCUCAUGUCUCCUCUUACUGUCAGGAUGUUGACAAUGGAGCAGGCCAGAUGGAUGUUAGACACCAAUGGUCAGACUCAGACAGGUGAGACGACCCACGGUCUCAGUCGUUGAUCCUUCGGAUACACGGAUAGAUCUAUGUACGCCAUUGGUGAUCAUGCCCUCAUUGUUGUCUGCCUGUCUGCCUGCCUUCCUGCCUGUGCUGAUUCAGCGAGUCGGAGCCGACACACCUGUACGGACAACGGAAAACGGCGGAAAACGGAUCACCCGCGUUUUGUCUUCGGCGCCGAGGAGAACUCGUUUGAGGUUUUCUCGGCGUUUGAGCGUCGAUUGAGGAGCUACCAUCCGCCCUCUAUCGGCCCACGGCCCCAGGGCCAUCCAAUAAGCGCAUUCUUUGCACAUUUUGCCGCCCCUGCCCCGUUGCUCGACGUCCGAGCCCCUUCCCCACCCCCCCUAUGGCCCGCCUGCCGGCGGACGCCGGCAAGAUAG